AGGAGCGGACAAUGCCCAGGUACACGGUGCACGUGCGCGGGGAAUGGCUGGCGGUGCCCUGCACGGACCCACAGCUCACGGUGGGCUGGCUAGGCCGUGAGGCCGUGCGGCGCUACAUGAAGAACAAGCCAGACAAUGGUGGCUUUGCCUCCGUGGACACUGUGCGCUUCCUUGUGCGCCGGUGCAAGGGCCUGGGCCUGCUGGACAAUGAGGAUCUGCUGGAGGUCGCCCUGGAGGACAAUGAGUUUGUGGAAGUGGUCAUAGAAGGCGAUGCAAUGUCCCCUGACUUCAUUCCCUCUCAGCCGGAAGGAGUUUACCUAUACAGCAAAUACCGGGAGCCUGAAAAGUACAUUGACUUAGAUGGGGACAGUCUGACCACAGAGGAUCUGGUCAACUUGGGAAAGGGACACUACAAAAUAAAGCUCACUCCAAUUGCCGAAAAGAAGGUACAGCAAUCCAGGGAAGUCAUAGACAGCAUCAUAAAGGAAAAAACAGUUGUUUACGGCAUUACUACAGGUUUUGGGAAAUUUGCCAGAACUGUCAUACCUAUCAAUAAGCUACAGGAGCUUCAGGUCAAUUUGGUUCGUUCCCACUCUUCAGGUGUUGGGAAACCGCUCAGUCCUGAGAGGUGUCGGAUGCUCCUAGCUUUAAGGAUUAAUGUCUUAGCCAAAGGAUACAGUGGCAUUUCCCUGGAGACCCUCAAACAAGUUAUUGAAGCCUUUAAUGCCUCCUGCCUUUCCUACGUUCCAGAGAAAGGCACUGUUGGUGCCAGUGGAGACCUUGCCCCGCUCUCUCAUCUUGCUCUUGGGCUAAUUGGAGAAGGGAAGAUGUGGUCUCCAAAGAGUGGCUGGGCUGAUGCUAAAUAUGUCCUGGAAGCUCACGGAUUGAAACCAAUUGUUCUGAAACCGAAAGAGGGCCUGGCACUCAUCAAUGGGACGCAGAUGAUCACCUCCCUGGGCUGUGAAGCUGUAGAGAGAGCCAGUGCCAUUGCCAGGCAGGCUGACAUUGUGGCGGCCCUGACCCUGGAGGUGCUGAAGGGAACCACCAAAGCCUUUGAUACCGACAUUCAUGCUGUCCGCCCUCACCGUGGGCAAAUUGAAGUGGCUUUUCGGUUUCGAUCUCUGUUGGACUCAGAUCACCACCCUUCAGAGAUAGCAGAGAGCCACAGGUUCUGUGACCGUGUUCAGGAUGCCUACACCUUGCGUUGCUGUCCACAGAUCCAUGGUGUGGUGAAUGACACCAUAGCGUUUGUGAAAGACAUCAUUACCACUGAACUGAACAGUGCAACAGAUAAUCCUAUGGUCUUUGCCAGUCGGGGAGAGACAAUUUCUGGAGGGAAUUUCCACGGUGAAUACCCAGCCAAAGCCCUCGACUAUUUGGCCAUCGGCGUCCAUGAACUUGCUUCGAUUAGUGAAAGAAGAAUUGAAAGGCUCUGUAACCCCUCCCUCAGUGAGCUGCCUGCUUUCCUGGUGGCUGAAGGUGGUCUGAACUCUGGCUUCAUGAUAGCCCACUGCACAGCCGCAGCCCUUGUUUCUGAGAACAAGGCUCUGUGCCACCCCUCAUCUGUGGACUCGCUCUCUACCAGUGCUGCCACGGAGGAUCACGUCUCCAUGGGAGGGUGGGCAGCCAGGAAGGCCCUCAGGGUCAUUGAACACGUGGAACAAGUGCUGGCCAUUGAGCUCCUUGCAGCCUGCCAGGGCAUAGAGUUCCUACGACCCCUGAGAACAACCACUCCACUGGAGAAGGUCUAUGACCUGGUGCGCUCUGUUGUAAGGCCCUGGAUAAAAGAUCGCUUCAUGGCUCCAGACAUCGAGGCGGCACACAGGCUGCUCCUGGAACAGAAGGUUUGGGAUGUAGCUGUACCCUACAUCGAGAAAUACAGAAUGGAGCAUAUUCCAGAAUCAAGACCUAUUUCUCCAACAGCCUUUUCACUGGAAUCUCUACACAAGACCACCAAAAUCCCAGAGUCUGAAGAUCUUUAAUGGCUUUGUCAGAUCAGCUUAGCAGAUCAGAUGGCCCUUAGCUGAACACAAAACAAGUACCGUGCUGAGGGAAAACCUGAGAACUUUCCUAGGUGGAUCAGUCUAUUAUA